AUAUAUGCUCUAUAAAAGCCAUCUCUUCCGUAUCAUCAAUGCAUCAAGAGCUCGUUGGUGAUACAAAUCCUGCAUCUGUUGUUUUCCAAAAGCACCAGAGCCUUCAUACACCAAAACUAAAAUGACCAUGCAAAAGCAAUUUCUCUUCUUCUCACUAGCACUGCUAGUUUCAUUUUUGUAUUUCACCAACACUUCAGCUCAGUUAUCACCGGCUGCUUCCCCUCUAAAACCACCCCAACCUACCCCUACACCACCAGCUGCAGCCCCUAAACCAUUGGUUCCCUCGUUGCCAGAGUCACCAAGUGAUGCAACCCCUGAUACUGCAGCAGCUGUUGACAUUGUUGGAAUCCUGAGGCAGGCUAAGUCAUUCAACAUCCUUAUCCGUCUCAUGAAAACCACUCAAUUGAUCAACCAACUCAAUGCACAACUCCUCACUACUAAAUCAGGUGGCAUCACCAUUCUUGCACCUGAUGACAGUUCCUUCUCUGAACUCAAAGCAGGCUUCCUCAACUCUCUGUCUGAUGGCCAAAAGCUCGAGCUCUUACAGUUCCAUGUUCUUUCAGAGUAUGUGUCUAGCUCCAACUUUGAUACUCUUACCAACCCUGUGAGAACACUUGCAGGAGCUAAACCUGGAAAGGUGGAACUGAAUGUGAUAAGUUACGGAGGAAGUGUGAACAUCUCAACAGGAGAGGUCAACACCACCAUCACUGGCAUUGUAUACACAGAUAAGCAUCUUGCUAUUUAUAAGGUGGGAAAGGUGCUUCUUCCUAUGGACUUCUUUACAGUGGCCAAGGCACCUGCAAAGUCACCCUCUUUGGCACCAGAACCAUCUGCAAAGGCUCCUAAAGCAGAUAAGGAGAAUUCGCUGUCCCCAGACUCCUCAGAAUCAUCACAGAUUAAUUCCUCAAAGGAUAACUCUGGCACAGUGAAAAUCAAUGUGUAUGGAAAGUGGCUGUCCCUUGUUCUUGGAGUAGUUCUCGUGACUGUUUUCUCAUCGUAAACCAGAAUAGACUAUAAUCCAUUAUAUACCAUUCAGUUAUAUUCAAGAGUGCUAUGAUUUCGUGCGUGAAAGGAGUGAGUGUUGAGUACUAUUGGUGGUGAAUUUAUCAGAGAUUGUUGUAUCCCUCUGAUUUUAUUAUGAGAUAUGCUAUGCUUGUUUCAAUAUAUUAUUUAUGUAAACUUGACGGAGGUUGCUACAAUAUUUUCCAUGUUUCUAAUGUAAUCCAAAGAAAAAUAAAUCAUGAAAAAC